AUGAUGCCCGUGAUGAAUGAUUGUGGGGAUGCUAAUGCACAAGCUCAACAGGAAGCUCAAAAAGCGGAAAUUGAGAAAAGGCAGAAGGAGAUGACAAAUGACAUAUUAAGCAGAAUACUUGAUCAGAACGCCCGAGCUCGCUUAAAUACAUUGGCAAUGACGAAGCCCGAUAAAGCUAAGGCCGUAGAAAAUAUGCUUGUUAACAUGGCACGCUCGGGUAGGAUAGGAGGAAAGGUCACAGAAGAGCAAUUAAAGGAUCUCCUCACCCAGAUAGCCUCCGCGUCUAAGCCGUCGACCACUGUCAAGGCGUUCGGCUUGGAAGCUUCAAUCAGGCACUUUGUGUUCGAAAGUACUCGUUGUGAUAAAGAGUUCAUUGUGUGA